CUGACGUAGCCAAUGUUGUAAAACAACUUCCGACUGCCCUAUGGCCCCACUGAGUCUUGGGGAUCAACAGCAGGACAGGGCACGGACAGGAGCCAGCAGGAAGGGAAUGUGGAGCUCCUGGUGAUCUGGGCACUUUCUCCUUCUUCAUGUUUAUUACCUGGGAGGAUCCACUUUAGGACAUGGAUACCAAACAAGAAGGAGCUACCAGGAAGCAUCGCUGGUCUGCACAGACCCCCUUUGCCUGAUGCUGCCCCACACUGAACAGGGAGCUGCUGAGGAGCUGCAUGGUCCAUCUCUGGAUUCUCCAAGCAUUGACUCCCAUCCACUCUGACAACUACAGCCAGGGGACACAUCCCACUGCCUGCCCAGAGUCCAUCCAUGGAGGUGACCACUGUGUCCCCAUCUCCUGCCUCACCCACUGAAGGGGAUGAUAUCUGUGAGACCAGUGUCACUGAUGUGGCCAUACACAGUGGGACACUGCUCAUCUGCCUCUGUGGGCUGGCUGGGAACGGGGCUGUCCUCUGGCUCAUCAGCCCGACAAAGGUUAACUAUGGCAUAUUUGACCUGGCUGUCGCCGACUUCCUAUUCCUUUUCUUUGCAAUCCCCUCAGCCCUCCUCUUCCUGGUGGAGGAUGUGUCCUGCUCUCCUAUCGUGCCCUUGAUGUAUGUGAGCUUCCUUUUCCAGCUGUCAGUGUUCUCCUACUACUGGGGGCUGUUCUUGCUGACAGCCUUCAGCUUAGGAAAGGACAUGACCUUGCUCUGCAAGUUCUGCUGUAGCUGCUGGAAACUUCAUCACCGCCUGAGGUUGUUGGUGUGGGGCACCCAAUACUGGGCCUUCUUCUCUCUCUUCACUGUCAUUCCAGCGCUGACAUCCCUGUGCCCGUCACAUGAGCAGGAGCACUGCCAAACAGCUCUCAUCUCCAUGUACAUCGUCAUCCUGCUCCUCUUUGCUGCACCUGUGGUCACUUCAAUUGCAAUUGACAUCAUCAAGGCCCAGUGUGGCUCCCAGCAGCAGCAACCCAAGAGGAGAGACAUCAUUAUCUCCCUCAUUGUGCUCUUCACGCUCCUUCUCAGCAUCUGCAAUUUCCUGCAGCAGCUCAGUUACAUUCCUAUGUCAUCCCAGGUUUUUUUCCUGCUCACCUGCAUCCACAGCAGCAUCAAACCCUUCAUCUACUUCUUGGCAGGGAACUGCUCGAGUCCCUACUCUGUGGGGUCCCUACGGCGCUCCCUCCAGAGGGUCUUUGAGGAGAAGAAAGAAAUAACUGCCCGCAGAAAUGAUGCCGAAAAAGACACAGUGAUCUGA